AUGUGGAAUUUUGGGUUGUUAUUACUUGGGAAGGAGUGGAGAUCGCCGGAAAUGGAGUUUUCCGACGAUCUCCUCGACCGGAAUGUGGCAGACGGACGAAAAUGGCGACUGGGCACGCCGUCUGGGCGCCCUUUCCCAGUCAACUGGGUUGCCCAGUUGACUGGGCGCCUCUGCCCAACUGGGGCGCCCAGUCAACUGGGAAGCUGGACGACGAUUACUCUAGCGCAGCUAGGAUAUGCAUUAAGGAGAUGUGAUCGGAUGUCUGAUAGGUUGAAGUUAGGAUUGGUGUUUAUCAUCGAGAGCAUACUCUGGUGUCAUCACAAGAAGACAUCGAUUGACAUUUUUCAUUUGGAGGUUGUUGAAAAUAUUGAUGCCUUCAACAACUACCCAUGGGGUUGGAGAUGUUUUCUUGAUACAUUACGCGUGUUUAGGAGGGGGUUUUCAAUGCCAAAGGGGGAUAAGCCCGAGCGCAAGUACGAUGCAUAUGGACUGCCGUUGGCGCUGCAGAUAUGGGUGUACGAGACUGUCCCUAUCUUGGCCAGUUGGUAUGCGAGGAGAGGAGAGACACGCUAUCCUCGGAUGCAUCACUGGCGAGCACAAGACAAGCCGCUUGCCAGACAGUUAUCGGCUCUCCUCGACGAUCCUGAGCUUGAAGUUCUCACUGAGUUGGCACCGUCGAUCGAGGAGGAGAGUCAGUUUUAUAUUCGCGAAUUGCCUCUUCGUACUGCGCAUGACGAUCAGAUGCCUGAGUCCAGGAUGGAUCGAGAUAGGGAGGAUCGUUCAGUAUUACCUCCAUUGAGGAUAUCACCUCCACCGACGAGGGCACGUCCAGCGAGGAUGUCACCUCCGCUGAGAAGAUCACGUCCAGCUACGCCAGAGGUUCAGAUGCCUGAGUCUAGCGUUGAUCGAGAUAGAGAGGGCCGUCCAGUAUUGCCUCCUGCACCUAGUCCCCGUGUUUCGACGAUUGAUUUGUUCGACCUCCUGAUGGAGAUGAGAGGAGACAUGGCAGAGUUAUGGGGUAAUGUUGUGACACUACGAGCUGAGCUCGGGGACAUGGCACAGUUACGAUAUGAUGUCGCGAUGUUACGAGCUGGGUUAGGAGACCUCCAUGCUGAGGUUGCAGCGAUACGGGGUGACAUAGCAGGCCUGCGUGGGACGAGCGAUUAUCGAGAUGGAGGAGGUAGCGGAGGGACAGGUCACUAUCAGGACGGAGGGGGUGACGGAGGGACUGGAGGUUAUCGGGACGGAGGGGGUGACGGAGGGGUCGGUGGUUAUCAGGGGGGAGUGGGUCAGAUGGGGUAUGUUGACUCAUCGUGGCCAUCAGUUGCUGCAUUUGAUUCAUUUUUAGAUGACACGAUGGGGAUGGAGGAGCGAGAGAGGAUACCUGUGGUGGAGGGGAUGCCCGCGCAGGAUAUACCUGAGGACGUGGAGGGGGUACCCGAGGAGGAGAGGGUACCAGAGAUGGAGGUGGAGGUGGUAUCGGAGGUGGGGGUGUCCGUGCAGGGGAUACCCGAGGACGUCGAGGGGGCAUUGGAGGUGGAGGUGGAGGUAGUACCCAUGCAGGGGAUACCCGGGGAUGCCGAGGGGGUACCGGAGGAGGAUAGGACGAGCGAGCAUCAAUGUACAAGACAGAUUGGCCACCGUGCGGAACACGACAACGACGAGGCAACAAAUAUCCCUACCGUAUAA